GCGCGCAUGCGCACGCGGGCCGACAUCCGCCCGCGACGGCGCUCGCGCACCGACAUGGCGGCGGCCGAGGGCGGCGGCAGCGGCAGCGGCAGCGGCGGAGAGGGGCGGGCGGACACGACGGUGCAGAGGGCUGAGCUGGGGCCCCUGCUGGCCAUGGCCCUAAGGCCGGGGGAGUCUUGGUACCUGGUGGACAGCCGCUGGUUCAAGCAGUGGAAGAAGUACGUGGGCUUCGACAGCUGGGAUAUGUUCGGCGCGGGCGAUCCCAGCCUUUACCCGGGGCCUGUGGACAACUCGGGUCUCUUCAGCGAUCCAGAAACUCAGAGUUUAAAAGAAAAUCUCAUUGAUGAGCUGGAUUAUGUACUCGUUCCCACCGAAGCCUGGAAUAAACUGGUAACGUGGUAUGGCUGCAUAGAAGGGCAGCAGCCUAUUGUGAGAAAAGUGGUGGAAUAUGGUCUGUUUGUGAAGCACUAUAAGGUUGAAGUUUAUCUUCUUGAGCUGAAGCUGUGUGAGAGCAGUGAUCCUGACAAUGUGAUUAGCUGCCACUUCAGCAAAGCAGAUACUCUUGCUACCAUCGAGAAAGAAAUGAGAAAACUAUUUAAUAUCUCAGAUGAGAAGGAAACUAGGCUAUGGAACAGGUACAUGAGUAACACUUAUGAGCAGCUCAGCAAGCUGGAUAGCACAGUGCAAGAUGCAGGGCUCUAUCAGGGUCAGGUUGUUGUAAUAGACGUGAAACGUGAAGAUGGCACAUGGCCUGGGCAGCAUUUCCUGACAAAAUCAAGCACUGCAACUAGCAGAAACUUUACUACCUCUUCAAAAUCAUCAGCAAGUUCUUAUUCCUCAGUGUCUGCCACUUCUGUCAUUACUAACGGUGAUAGCAGUAACUCCUAUGGACUGAACAGCUCCCACCUGGGCAGGGGAGGUUCUGGAUUUGUCUGUAACUCCUACAACUGCAGGGACAGUGCUUCCCUGUCACAGCCUGGACUCUGUGGACUCAGUAACCUUGGCAAUACCUGCUUCAUGAAUUCUGCAUUACAGUGUCUGAGCAACACCCCUCCUCUGACUGACUAUUUCCUGGAAGAUAAAUAUGAAGCUGAAAUAAAUCAGAACAACCCACUGGGGAUGAGAGGAGAAAUUGCAGAAGCCUAUGCAGACCUCAUUAAACAGAUGUGGUCUGGGAGACAGUCUCAUGUGGCCCCACGUAUGUUUAAAACACAAGUUGGCCGAUUUGCUCCUCAGUUUUCAGGAUAUCAGCAGCAAGAUUCCCAGGAGCUCUUGGCUUUUCUUCUAGAUGGCCUGCAUGAGGAUUUGAACAGAGUGAAGAAGAAGCCCUACUUGGAGCUGAAGGAUGCCAAUGGCAGACCUGAUUUGGAGGUGGCAAAAGAAGCCUGGGAGAAUCACAGGCUGAGGAAUGAUUCUAUCAUUGUGGAUAUUUUUCACGGUCUUUUCAAAUCUACCCUUGUUUGUCCCAAAUGUUCCAAAGUUUCUGUGACCUUUGAUCCCUUCUGUUACUUAACCCUUCCACUGCCAUUGAGGAGAGAUCGUCUCAUGGAAGUUACCCUGGUGUAUGCAGACCCACAGUGUAGACCUGUCCAGUACCGGGUUGUGGUGCCAAUGAUGGGGGCCAUCUCAGAUCUGUGUGAAUCACUCUCCAAACUCUCUGGUGUUCCUGCAGAAAAUAUGGUGGUGACAGACGUGUAUAAUCAUCGAUUCCACAAAAUCUUCCAAAUGGAUGAAGGUUUAAAUCAUAUCAUGCCAAAAGAUGACAUCUUUGUAUAUGAAGUUCCCAAGCCAAGUGAGGAUGGGUCUGAGUGUGUGACUCUCUCAGUUUACUUUCGGGAGAAGACAGUGAGACAAUCCACUGCAGGGACUGUGCUCUUUGGUCAGCCACUGCUGAUAUCUGUGCCGAAGCACAAGCUCACUGUGGAUCACUUGUACAGAGUGAUUUUGGAGCAGAUCAGCCGCUAUGUGAAACUCCCCUUGGUGGAUGAAUACUCCACCCUCUGCUCAGACAAAGGAACCUGCAGUGACUCCAAUGGUGUGGUUGAAGGUGAUAUUGAAGAGAUGGAGCAUCAGGAUGGAGGACAGGAAGGCAAGGAAAAGAUGGCAGAAGUUGAUCCCUGCCACUCUGAGGGCUGUAUGCAGAUUGAGUCAGCAAGAGACCUGCAGCCUUGCAAGAAACAGCAUUUCACUUUUAGCCUCGUGAAUUCCUCUGGGACCUCUGAGAUAAACUCCAUUGUAGAAGGCAAAAUCUUAAAGCUAAAUGCUUUUUCUGCCCUUGCCAUUGACUGGGAUUCUGAUACACGGAGGCUACUUUUUGAUGAACAGGAGGCACAGGCAUUUGAAAAACAUGGAAGCAUGUCACAGCCACAGAAGAAGAAGGCUGUGGUAGCCCUUAGAGACUGCAUAGAGCUCUUCACUACUAUGGAAACACUUGGUGAACACGACCCAUGGUACUGCCCGAACUGUAAGAAACAUCAACAGGCCACAAAGAAGUUUGACUUGUGGUCUUUGCCCAGGAUUUUGGUUGUGCAUUUAAAGCGCUUCUCGUACAGCAGAUACUGGAGGGAUAAACUUGACACUGUUGUGGAAUUCCCAAUCAGGGGUUUAAACAUGUCCGAAUUUGUCUGCGACCCAAGAGCAGGCUCAUAUGUGUAUGACCUCAUUGCAGUUUCCAAUCAUUACGGAGCCAUGGGAGUUGGCCACUACACUGCCUACGCAAAGAACAAAGUGAAUGACAGGUGGUACUGCUUUGAUGACAGCAGUGUGUCAUUGGCUUCAGAAGACCAAAUAGUGACAAAAGCUGCAUAUGUGCUGUUUUAUCAGCGCCGAAACAGCGAGGAACAUACUGCCCCAUCUCCUCCUCAGGAAGAGUGUGAUGGCAUGGACACCAACUAAACAUCACCUCUAGCACUUGGCCACCAUCUUAGCAGUCGCUCCUUUAAAGCCAUGCCUGAGGCAUCUGAAAUUUUUUUCUUCCUUCUGUAGGAGUCAAGCAGAAAAUCUAGCACUGAAAGAUGUAGUGCUGGGGGUUGCAGAAUAGCACUGGAGAGCCAGGAAUAGGUGCUGACACUUGGGUAUUUAGAGGCCAAAAAUAAUAUAUAUUGGAGCUUCAAUAAAAUUCUUAUUAAAAUCUGUCUGAGCUGUGUGGCUAGAGGCAGGGGUUGGGACUGACUGGGCUAGUGCUGGGGGUCUUGGGCUGAGGGUUGUAGCUGGUGUUGGGCAAGCACAGCCUGAGCUGGAGGCCAGGUCAUGGCUGAGCCUUGCAGGGACCCAUGGAGGAGUAUGCUGGGUAUGAUUCUGUGAAUCAGUGUGGGGCUUCUGCCAGCCCUCUGGUGUUGCUGUUGUGCCCUGCCUGUGUCAGGGAGGCAUGCUGCACCCUUUCUGGAAGCUUAGUUCAAAUCUUUGUGUAUCUGGCCUGUCUUUUCCAGUCUCUGCCAUCAUACCUUGGUCCCCCUGCUAUGCAGCAAAACUUUCUCUUUCUUGUGUCCUUUUGUUGAUGCAUUUGAGGCUUUUCUGGGUGGUUUUGACUCAGCCUUUUUCAUAUGAACCCUGUAAUGCAGAAGUGAAUUGCACCUGCCUGUGGUGUGGCACAGCUGCAGACCCACACAGAGGUGCAGAAUACAGCUGCUCUGGCUCUGGUUCCCAUUCUUCUGCAGAGAAAGUGUCAUCCAUAAUGUUGGUAAUUUCUUGUCUUUGUCCAUCUCCUACAUCCCUCACUUCCAGGCUGCUCUGUAAGCAGUUUUUUGCCUUUACCAUUUCUCCUGUGGUUUGUGCAGUGGCAGCUUUUAUUCUUUUUUGCUCGUUCAUGGACUCCUUACAGCUUUUUCUCCAGCAAGGCUCAAUACUGUGUCCCAAGAGCUGCUGCUUAUAAGGAUGACAGCCCCAUUCAAUGAAUCGUGUGAGGUUUCAGCCUUUUUUCUUGUGACUUUUGUCUUUUGAUUGUUUUUGGACUGGUCUUUGAGCCUUUUUCUCCUCCCUUGAGCACUGCCCUUCAUGUCCCCUGCCCCAUCAUCUGCUGUGAGGCUGUGGGUGUGAUGGUCCUGUUCCAGUUCUCUCUCUGCCUUAGCUGCUCAUUUGUUCCACUCCAUCCUUUUGGCACAACUGGCAAAUGCUCUUCCUUCUGUUCUCAUUUACUGUCUGAGUUACUUGUAGGACUGAAUUCCAGCUUUCAUCUUUGAAUGAGGACACCUGUGAGCACUAGAUCAGAUCACUCCUCAGUGUAGAACAAGUCUGCCAUAUGAAAAAAAAAAGGAAAAAUCCAGAGCAUUAGUCUGCUUUCUAGGGAAAGAUCUAGUGGUGAAUCAAACAGGAGAGUUUUUACUUCUAGCCAAAUGCAUUGGCAGAACAAAAGGCUAACACAGGCUCCUGCCAUGCUUAUUUUUCACCCUGAAAGGUGUGCUUGCAGCCACUUGGUUCCCUGUGCACAGUCCCUGUGGCUUCAUGGCUGACCAUAGUCUUCUCUGUUGGUCAGUGUAACAGCAGUCAUCCAUUUAACUUCAAAAUACACCAGCCCAACUCCUUUUCUGCAGCUCUGAGCAAGAAGCCCUGUAGGGAAUUGCUGUGUGCCCAUUCCUGCACCUCUGUACUGCAGCCCAACAAAAGCCCAGACAGCUGCUUGCUGCCUUCUCCUGUUCCAAGCACUGGGAGGGGAAGGCAGACACGUGCAGCUCCUCAGCCAGGUGACAGGGAGGAGGAAGAAGAGCUGCCUCUAGCUGGCAACCUUCUGUUCUGAUCUUCUGCUGCAGAAUUUUGCUUUUAAAGCAUUUAAAUUUGAAUUUUGAGAUCAGAAUUACUUAGUUGCUUCUGCUGUUCUGAUUUGGGGUAUUUGGGAUUUUUACAACUCUUAAUACUGCAUUUGUGUUUUUUUCCUUGUUACUAAGGGAGAGCAUCCAAAAAACAAUUCUUAAGCUGUAGCACUGCACUGAAUUACUCCGAUCAGCAUAUUCAUUUUAUCCUUAAAGAAAAUCAUGUGGGCAUUCCAAAAUGGGCAAGACAGGAAAGGGAGAGGAGCAAAGAAAAAUCAAUCUGAAAUAGCCUUUGUUCUCCUCUCCACCUCCUUACCUGUGCUGACAUUGAGAAACUAAUCAUCGGGGCUAAAUCUCUGAUGCUCAGAUGCUGAACAGACUCUGUUGUACUGCAGAAAAAGUGGCCCAGCUCUUACUUUCUCUGCCUCUUGAGCUGACAGGCUUCAGCUGGUGUGUGUGUGCUGUAAUACCAGACCUGUUUUUUAGACUAGCACUUUGUAAGUGGCUGGCUUUAUUGUACAAAGAGGAAAAUUAAAGAGUGGUUUGCACUGAAA